AUCACAAUGGCUCAAUGCUCUACCCUUCACGAUGUGCUCAUUAUCGGAGCAGGACCAUGUGGUUUAGCAGUUGCAGCACGAUUAUGUGAGACGACGCCUUCGGCAAUCUUCUCCGAUACGGAGCAUCAUCGUUACCACUGGAUAANNAAAAAGCACGGAGAUCGCGCUUCUAUUAGGGACAGACGGACCGGCCAGACAAAAACGCCCAGGAAGCCAAAAGACUGCCGUAACUACUCCACUCUUGUAUUGGAUGGCACCGACAAGGAUUGGAUGUCACGAUGGAACCAUCUAUUCAAAACGUUCGAGAUCUCACACCUAAGAAGUCCUAUGUUCUUCCAUCCAGACCCCCAGGAUCGUGACGGCUUGUUGUCUUUCACAUAUGAACAUGGGAGGGACAAGGAGCUUGUUGAGAUCCCGGAAUGCGUGGGCAAAGAGAUCAGCAAGCACAAGAAGAAGCAGAGACUGAAGUGUAAGCAGUCGAAUGCUGGACACGACACAUCACUAAUCGUGCCUUCCAGCGCCAGACCUUCAAUCACAAUUGACGAGCGUGACCGCAAAGACUACUUUACUCCCUCCUGUUCGCUCUUUCAAGACUAUUGCGAGUGCGUGAUCGAUCGCUAUGGGCUCAGGAGUAAUCUCAUCCAAAAAGAGCGCGUCGAGGAUAUCGAUUUCAGUAUCGUUCCAGGGGUGUCUGAAACACAGCAAAUAUUUACGAUACGUUCCGACCAAGGCGUGCACCAUGCUCGCAGUGUUGUGCUUGCCGUUGGACCUGGGAAUGCACCAUCCAUCCCGGCUGGUCUUGGGGAUGCAGGUCACGGAUGUUGUCAUGCCAUGCAGAUUCGUGAGUUUCCAGACCCUUCAGUGACAGCCAAGUUGCGACAGAAGAAAGACGUGAACAUCGUGGUCGUGGGUGGUGGCCUAACUUCUGCUCAAUUGACCGUGAUGGCGAGCAAGCAUGGAGCAAGCAAAGUAUUUCAUCUGGUCAGGGGUCGGCUGAGAGUCAAACCUUUCGAUGUGGACUUGGACUGGAUGGGGAAGUUCCGCAAUUUCGAAGAAGCAUCAUUCUGGUCAGCAGACACUGAUGAAGGUCAGAAGAGCAUACAAAUCAAAGCCAUAGGGACUCUGCUGACAUUUAUCANNGAGCGGCUCGACAAAAUCAAGGAAGCACGUGGAGGAGGUUCCAUUACUCCUAGGUACCACAAACUGCUCAAGCGAUAUGUAGCGUCCGGCAAGGUUGUUCUGCAUACAGAAACGACCAUCACUUCAUCAAGUUUCUCCGACGAAUCAUGGAAGCUUACAACAAGUCCACCUAUCGACCUACCACGCAUUGACUAUAUUUACUUCGCCACUGGCAUUGCCAGUGACUUUAGAAGCCUGCCCUUCCUGCAGACCAUCAAUCGCAAGUUCCCAGUUGACUCGUAUGGCGGGCUUCCUGCCUUGACGGAUGAUCUAAUGUGGAAGGAGAACGUUCCACUUUUCGUCACCGGACGACUUGCAGCGUUGCGUCUUGGUCCAGGAGCAGGAAAUCUUGCAGGUGCUCGCAGUGGCGCGGAGAGGAUCGCUUGGGCCAUCGAGGACAUCUUGCCCAAGGAGGAAGGUCGAGAGGAAGAAGAAGAUCAUGAUGAUAUGAUUUACAACUUCAAAACAGGUACAGGGAGCCAGUUUUGUAGUUUGGAUUGUGAAGCAUGUAUCUAG